AUGAGAACUUUUAUAUGUUUUGUUCCAUUAGGUCAAUAUAACAACCACGAGAUCAUCUUCAGAAUGUUUUCUUUGGCAAAGUUAUCAUAUUUUGCAUGCAGUGAUUCAGACAAGAAAUGGUACAAUACUGUCCCAAAGUCAAAAAUAGAAAUUGAUUUGGGACCCUGUUGUAAAAUCCUAUUGAGUAAUACAACCGAGAGGCAAAACAAAUUAAAAGAUUUUAAAGUGUGUGCCUUAGCAGCACAAAGUGGACAUUUAGAUUGUCUUAUAUAUGCCCGCAGUUUAGGAUGUAAAUGGAACAGUGGAACAUGCAAUAAUGCAGCAGAAAAUGGACAUCUUGAAAUAUUAAAAUAUGCUCAUGAACGGGGCUGCCCUUGGGACAUUACUACUUGCAACUUAGCAGCUAUGAAUGGGCAUCUUAUCACUUUAAAGUAUAUUCAUGAACAUGGUUGUGAAUGGGAUAAAACCACAUGCAAAAUGGCAUCUGCACACGGGAGUUUGAAUACUUUAAAGUAUGCUCAUGAACAUGGCUGCCCUUGGGAUAAAGGAACUUGUGAAGCAGCAUCUGCAUUUGGACAUCUUAAUACUCUACAGUAUGCUCAUGAACAGGGCUGCCCCUGGGAUAUUGACACGUGCAAAAUGGCAUCUAAUCAUGGGCAGGUUAACACUCUACAAUAUGCACAUAUGCAUGGCUGCCCUUGGGAUGCGAGUACUUGUGAAGUGGCAUCCUUAUCUGGGCAUGUUAACACUCUUAGGUAUGCCCAUGAAAAUGGGUGCCCGUGGGAAGCAACUACAUGCGACUUGGCGGCCAUGAUUGGGCAAUAUCACACUUUACGAUAUGCUCGUGAACAUGGUUGCGCUUGGAAUAUGGAUGCCUACAUACUGGAAUUCCUAAAAAUAUAUCCUCCCAUUCAUAAAUAUGCUCUUGAACAGUUUCAAAUUUAAUAUGGACAUUCUUGAUAAUCUCUUAUUAUUUUGUAAAAUUUAUUUAUUUAUUUAAUAUGGACAUUCUUGAUAAUCUCUUAUUAUUUUGUAAAAUUUAUUUAUUUAUUUAAUAUGGACUUUCUUGAUAAUCUCUUAUUAUUUUGUAAAAUUUAUUUAUUUAUUUAAUGUAAGGUUAGUGUGGAUACCUUCUUAAAAAUUUUUCUAUUCAAAUUUGAUUUAAUCUAUAGUUAUUGGAAAAAAUUCACAACUAAAACCAUUAAUAUAUUAUGAGUUUACCUAUACAUAUUUUGAAAUCAAAGUUUUAAAACUGAAUUUUCUCUUUCUAUGUUGUAUAAUAUUUUUUUUAUAAUAAUUGAUAUCAGUCGGUAAAUUAAUUAUUGAUGUGUAACACAAUAACCAUAUGGAUUAUCGAAUUUCUAAAUUACAGGAGGAGUAGAUCUACGUAGGAGGUCAUCAACAAGAUCCUUGAUGUGGCCAGAUGGGCCAGACAGGCAUCAGCAUGUACUUUACAUUCUACAUAUCUCCCUGGGACCAUGUGGAUACGGCUUUAAGAAACAAAGGAGUACCAAACUAAACAAAAAAAUUGACUCCAAACACUGUAAAACUUUCUGACAAGUGGUUAGAACAUUUAUUGAUAGCAAUAUCUGCUCUAUGGCCCACUGAAAAUUCUGCCUGGGGUUCAAAAUGUGUUAGGUACCAUCAAAUCUUGGUCAUGGCUGCUUGUGACACCCUAUCUUUCUUUGAUAUUGUAGAGGAUAUAGUGUGCCACAAGGAGCAGAGUCAAAGGACCAACUUACUACCAGAAGACUGAUUUUUUUUUUUUUAUUUUAAACAUAGAAUAUUUAGUCUGUUAUUAUUGAAGUCCCUAGUAAAUUACUUAUUCGAAUUAUAAGUAAAAAUGAUAGUGAAAUAAUAUGAUCAAAUAGAUUUUAAUGUUUGAUUUUUCCAAGUCCAUAUUGUAAUAUUAUUUUCCUAUUUAAACAGACUUUUAAAUCUAAAUGAAUUUAAAAUUCUAUAAACAUGAUGCCUAUUUAUUAUUAAAAUUUAUAUUAUUAGUAUUUUAGUAAACUCUUUAAAUAAAAAAAACCCUCCACCUCAAGAUAUUUAAUUAACCCUCUGUUACACAUAUAAAAAAAAUCCUAUUUUAUCUUAAUUGUAAUAUUUUACUAUUGUUUUGCUUUAGUUUAUUUAUAUACUGUAAUAUAUGGUCUAAGUAUAAAAAGAAAAAUUAUUUGUAAAUAAAUAUUAUUAUUAUUAUUUUCAUUAUUUUGUAAUGUUAUGCUCACACAACAUAAUGUUAUACAUAUAUAAUUAUUUAUCAUUUAUAUCAUUACAAAAAUGUAAAUAAUUUAAUAAAUAUAAUGGAUCGUUCCCUAUUCGAGAGGACUACAAGCUUAUCUAUGAGCAAGUAAUUUAAAAUGUGUCAAAUAUAGUAGAAUCCCAUGCCAUCUGCGGCAGCCUUUUGAAAACACUGCUGCCUCAGUCAUACUAUUGUAUGUUAUCUUAUUCUCACAAUUCGAUUAUUAGUUAUUUUAUAUUGACGACAUCGAUGCGAAGGCUAUCUGUUCUGUCUUUUUAAGCCCACAAAUUCCAAUGGUUUUUUUUGUCAUUCGAGAAGAAUCCAUAUCCGAUCUAUUAUUAUCAUUAAGAACAUUUAAGUAUGAGUCAAAUAAAAUUAAGCAAUAAAUACACAACAUUAAUCGGCCUUUUGAUGAUACCACCAUGUCGUCAUCAUUUUCUCGCACUAGAUACUCUUAUAAUUAUUAUAAUUUAUUAAUUAUUAAUUUAUUAUUAUUAUAAUUAUUUCUAUACAAAUUUCAAAUCCACAUAUAACACUAUUUUUUUUCAUGGUUGACUUUUUUUUUGGCUUAUUUAAACAUAUAAAAUAUAACGGUUUUUUUUCAAUUUAAAAUGAAGUGUCUUGACCCCUUGAGAAAUCCCGAGACGAACACUAUCAAGAAUCCUGCACAUAGAAUGUGCUCGAAUUCUCUCUCGAAUAGCUAGCUCCAACUUUUAGCAGCUUUAACCACUCAUGUUCGAUUUAUUUAUUAGUUUAUUUUAUAAUUCAACCUUUUAUUAUAUUACUAAAUGUUACUUUAUUAUGUUUAAAAAUAAACCAUUCUUUGUAGUACUAAAAACUAAAUCAAUUACUUUUUAUUAUAUAGGUACAUUUGUAUACCUAAUCCUCUCUGUUUUAUUCUUUGUAGGUAUAUCUACGUAAUAUCCUAUUAUUUUAAGUAUUUUUGUCUUCUAUUACUAUACAUAGUGUCUUAGUCUACUACCAUCUAACCACCCCCAUAACCUUUUUAUUUCCCCUUUUAAUUUUCCUAUUUUUUGUAUUACUACAAUUUUGACAAAAAUUUAGUUUGAAUAAUAAACCCUAUGUUUUACAAUUUAAGAUAAAGCAAGCAAUAAUUAAUAUAAUGAAAAGUUACAAUUAACAUAUCAACUAAAGAAAAUAAUGCAAUAUAUCCAGACAUUUGAAAAAGAAGUAUACUCUAUUUAAAUUUGAAUAACUAAGUAGGAAAUAACAACAAAAAGGAACUUACAUUGUAAUAUAACUGAUUAUGUUGUAAAAAAGUAUCAGUUCAUUUUGACCAUAGUAAUUAUAUUGAAUCAUAUUACUUAUAAUCCUAAAUUUUUGAGGCUGCAAAUUAUACUUCCUUUAUUUAUACAACAUUUGUUUCUUGAAAAAUCUAGAUGAAUUAAUUAAUUUUAUCAAAGGAGCACAUUCAAAAUCAAAAUUAUUUCUGCUACAGAACAUGUCUUUAUGUUUUCAAAUGAGAACUGACUUUGUUAUUAAACUUAGCUGUGUGAUUUCUAAAAAAAAAAAAAAAAAUGAUAUAUACACAUGUAUAUUAUACAUAGAGGGUAAAAAAAUAUGUAGGUAACAAUGUGGAUUUAUGUAAAUGUAUUUAUUUAAUUAUAAAUAUGUAGGUGCCUAUGAAAAAAUGUAUUUAUUUAAAACAUAAAUGAUAUGCGUACAUUUAAUUUCGAUUAUGAACUACAGAUUUUGAUAACUUGUCCCAAUAAUUGAUUAUUUUUGUGAAAAUGUUUAAAAUAUUAUCAUUGAAUUUAUUAUAAUAAUAUAGUUAAUAGUAUAUAAAUAUUGUGUAAGUACUAUGGUAUCAUAUAGAUGGUGCAUGAUACUAUAUAAUAUGUAGUAAUAUUACUUUGUUUGCUCCAACAUUUAAUGGUUUCUAAAAGAAAUUUUUACUAAGGAGGUACUUCAGAGAGGUCAUUUUUCGAUUUUCUCAUCAAAUUCGAAAAAUCGAACAAAACCGGGAAAAUAUAAGAAAUGUAGGUAUUAGUUAAAAUAUAUUACGGCCUUUUUUUCUGUGCACAACUUUUCAACCAACAAUAUUAUUCCAACUUCUAAUGAUAGCAAUGUUUCUAACAGGAAAUUUCAAUAGGGAGUAACUGUUUUGAUUUUCCCAAGUUUUUUUUCAGAAAAUGUGAAAAACCAGGAUAACUGUAAAAAAACUGGGAAAAUUGGUACAACAUUAGACAAAUUUUCUUAAAGAAAAUGUAUAAAGCCUAUCUAAUUAUUUUACUAUAAUAUGGCAUAUAUACUGUUGACAAAGCAUUUCUGUCAGAAUGGUUUUAUCAUAAGCAAUGGUUUAUUGUUGCUUACAUUAAAUUAUCUAUACCAGUGUAUGCACGCAUCCCUAUUAUUAUAUCGAUUAUUAUCCUAGGACGUCUUUUUUUUAUUUCUGUUUAUUAUUUAUUUUUUGUUUCUCAUUUCAUCCGUAUAACUAAAAUAACCCAUAAUUCAACAAAAAUAAUUUAAUUUUCAUACCAAUAAUACCUGCGAAUCUUUUAUCCCCUUCUAGGUCAUUAAUCUAGAUAAAUAAUAUCCUAUCUUUUAAAUUGAACCAAAUCACGGACAUUCUCAUUAAAAUCGGUUGAGUAGUUUCAGAGUGCAUCACAUGUAAACGUCUGCACACUUGAUUUUUAUGUAUACAGAGUGAUUCACAAGACGUGAUUAGAUAUAUCAAUAUGAAAUAACUUGAUAUGUAUCUUUAUACUAUGCAUAAAACAAAGUGCUAUUUUGAUUUUAUGGUAAUCUCAGAAACUGCUCAACUAAUUGGCAAUUGUUUUUUUUUUUUUCUAAUGAUAGAAUAGGUUUUUAGACUAAUUUAAAUUCUUUAAGUUAAUAAAUAAUCAAAUUACUAAUUUUUAAAUUAUCAUUAAUCAUCAUAUACACUAGUUUUGUUUACCUAUAGCAUGUAUGUAUAUUGUUUUACAUCAUUAUGCUAAAAAUAUAAUAAUUAUUUGUCUAAGAUUUUCUUAAUAUGAUUUGGUAGAUUAAUAGCUGUUAUUUCCUUAUAGAUCUGAAAAGAUAUUGAGUAAAGUACAAGCAAUCUUAAGGAAAUGUAAUCUAAUAUAUGAUGGUAUAGAUUAUGAAUCACCUUUAGCUGUACACAAUAGUGAUAAAAAGGUAACUACCGAAAUUUAAUAAGUUAUUUAAUAAUAUUUCGAUUGUUUGUUUUAUUUAUUUAAAGAUUUUUAAUGAAUUUUAUGGCAAGUUUAAAUUUUUUUUUUUUAAAUUUAUGUUAUUGUUAUUAUUUUUAAUAAUAUCACUGAAGACCAAAUUUAUAAUUGUAUAAUAAUACAAUAAAAUAAGUCAAUAAUACCAAUAUUAUGUACCAAUUUAAUUUAAAUUGUUUAUUUUAUACAAUAAAUAUAUACUAUACUAAAAUAAAAUAUAAUUUCUUAAUGGUAUGUGUCAUAAUUAUGUAAAUUAAUCAAAUUAUUUAUUUAGGGACAUUUUUCUGAAAUUAAAGUCUUAUUUUUUUUCAUAUAUGGUUCUAUAUUAAUAUUACUACACACAAAAAAGAGGCCUGUUUAACUGUAUUACUUAACCAAGAGCAAAAUUUAGUAACUUAAUUAAUACCUUGUUUUGAUUGUGAUUUCUUGUAAUCUUUAGUUGAAUUAAAAAAUACACAUAUAUAUAUAUAUAUUUUAUUUACUGUUAAUAUCCACUGAAAACAAAUAAGCAUAAAAAUCUAUUUUAGAUAAUACAUUUUAUUUACUAUUAUUUUUUAGUAAAAAUAAAUUUAUUUAAAGUCAUCUCAAAUAUAAAUAUCCAAAAUCACAUUUAAAAAGAUGUCCUAGGAUAAUGGGGACGAUUGUAACCAAAGUUAUAGUUAAUAGUGACCUAAUGUAGACCUGUAAGCAUUAAUAAACCAUUGUUUACAACAAAAAAAAAAACCGAUUAAUUAAAACGAAAAUAAUUAAAUAGGCUUUUAUUUUUUCUUUAAUGACAUUUGUUUCACGUUGUACCGAUUUUCCUGGUUUUCCAUUUUUUUUUUUCGGUUUUUUGCAUUUUAUGAAAAAAUUAUUGAGAAAAUUAAUAAAUACCUCCUUUAAGUACCUCCCCACACCAAUUUCCUAUUAGAAAAAGUCCUACACACAAAAAUUGGAGCAAGAUCUCUGGUAGAAAAGUUGUUCACACAACAAAAAAAAAUCUUUGUUAAACCAUAAGCUAGUUGCCUUCUCUCAAAAUCUGAAAUAGAAAGUAGGAUCUACUUAAAUUACUAUACUAAAAUGCAUAGUUAUUUUAAAUAAAUUAUUAUUCUUUAAACUAAUAAUAAAUAUUCAUUAAAAUGCGUUUUCUAUAUAGAUUGAUUAUAUCACUACAAGGUAUUAGAUUAUCUGUAAUUUUCUUAAAAAAAAACUGCUUCAAGGCCAUCUAAAAUUCUCAAAUAAGAACCAUGUUUAUGUUUAGGUAUUGCUGUAUUAGUAUAAAUGUUGUUAUUCAAUGGUAUAAUAAUAAUAAUAAUAAUAAUUUAUUGGCCAAAAAGAAAGUACAAUUUUUCAUUAAUUAAUGAUUGUAUAUAUAUAUNAAUUAUACUUAUAAACUAUACUUCAAAAACACAAAUAGACAUACAUAUAGAACUAAUUAUUAAUUAGAACUAUAGUUACUAAAGUAUAAAUUGCAAUAAAUAAAUUUAAUAUAAUUAAGUACAUAAAAAACUGAAUAGAUAGAUAAAGAGAUAAAGAGACUACAUUAUAUAGGUACACUGGUAUAUUACGAAGGGUAUAGAUCACUAGUAUUAUUUAACAACCAUAAUUUAAUAUAGUGUUUAUAUAUUUUAUAAGACGAACUGUUAAUAAUUUGCAGUGGAAUGUCGUUUAAUAAUCUCAAACCCACUUGCGAAAAACAUCGACUAGAUUUCGAUAUACGAACAGUAUUAUUACACUUCAUCAAAAUUAUAAAUAUAAAACACUAUAAUCUGUCUUACAAAAGAUCAGGCCAUAUUUUAUGUUUGUAGCCUUUCUCCCUCUGGCACUAGUGCUGUUAGAACUAUGGUUGUGUACCAUUCUUGUCUUCUUCAGAACAGAGUAUAGACAGCUUACUUGUUAUAAACCAAAAUACUGAAUAUUCAAGUGAGCCCCCAUAUGAUGAUAUUUUUCAUUCAUUAGGUAUCACAAUAGAGUAGGUAUAUGACUUAACUUUUAAUCAUAUUCUAUUUAUGGGAGCUAUGUUAGUGGCUCACUAUAACCAAAAUAAUCCCCACCACUUAUUGUCACAAUUUCUUAGUAUCACAUGCAUAGUGUGCAUUGACAGUGGCAGCCAUGGAAUACAUGUGCACUAGAUCUGUUGCUGGAAAAUAUGACAUAAAUGGGGGGGAGAAGGUUUACAUUUAACACAGUUAAGCAUAUGGAGUAAAACACAUGAAGCUUAAUUCUUAGUGUAUGAUUUAAAAGCACAAAAAUUAAUUAUAGCAACCUAUACAGAUUAUCAUACAAUGUAUUGAUAGAAAACUUUAUGUAAACAAUUAAACUUUGAUCACCAUGUAUUUAUAAUGACUACAUCAAAUAGCUGUCUAAUGUUUUAAAUAUAUAAUCAAAUCUUAAUACUUAGUUGUGUAAUUUUAAAGUGCAAAAAUAUAUAUAUCCCAUAUAUUAUACCAGGUGAUCAAUUUAAAUAGGUACACUCAUUAACUCGAAACGUAUUCAAUUUGUUCAGUUUGUUUUCUAAAAUAUUAAAGAAACAAGCUACUCUAAAAUUUAAUAUUUAUGAUGUUAUUCACCUUAAUAAACAUAAUUUGUAUUUUUUAUAUUUUUAGUAUUUUAAGAAAUAUCCUUUUUCCAAAAUUGUGUUCAUAAGUGCUAUCAUAAGUAAGUAACCAUCACGUUUAUCUUAAAUUCGUGAUAACCAUUUUUUUUCUAACUAUAACCGUGGUUUGUGAUUGAUAGGUUUUGUUAUCUAGUUCAGCAAUCAGUAGUGGUGGAAAGAAAUAUAAAUUAAUUGAUUAUAUUAUUUAAUUUAUUAUUUUGACAUUUUUAGGUUUUGAUUUUUGUUGAAUGAAAUAAAAUAAUAUAUUGUAAGUGCUUAUAUUAUUUUAAACCAUAUUUGUAGUUUUAAUGGUAAUAAAUAAUAAUAUUUUCACUAUUGUUUAAUUGUAGUAAAACUUUACUAUAAGUUAUAACGUACCAUUUAAUAUGUACUGCAGUUGAAGUUUUAACAAUAUUAUUUUUGUAUUCGUGGCAUAACACACAUCUAAUUGUAUUAUUUAAAAAAAUCAUUCACAUAUGAUUUUGUGACAAACGAAUGUGUCAUCAAAAACAAAUUAGUGGUCUUGUUUAUAUUGCAACUACAAAUAAAAUCAAUAGAUAUGUUAAAAGCUGUAAUUUUGAUCGGUGGUCCAUCCAAAGGUUUAGUAAAUAUUUUUACUUAUCAAAAGAAUACUGGUAUUUAAUUUUGUUAUUUUAUAUUUUUAUAUUUUCAAGGAACCCGUUUCCGACCACUCUCAUUAGAUGUACCAAAACCUUUAUUUCCUGUGGCUGGUCUACCUGUAAUUCAACAUCACAUAGAUGCAUGUUACCGUUUGGGCCAACAUCAGUAUCCUAAUAAAUCUUACUCUAAAAAUUGUAGUAAUAAUGAUGGAGACAAAUAUCGUGUUGCCGAGGUGCUUCUUUUAGGAUACUAUGAUGAGGAUGAACUGGAAAAUUUUUUGCUAACAACUACUCUAAGUUAUCCUUCACUACGAAUAAGGUUAGUAAUAAUUGUUUAAUUAAAUUACCUUUAUAAUAUAUAUAUAUAUUCUGUACUAUUAUGUUCAGGUACUUACGCGAACCAAGUGCUCUAGGUACAGCAGGAGGCCUGUACUAUUUUCGUGAUACAAUCCUUGAGCCUUUAGAUAACAAUGAACCUAUCCAAGCCUUUUUUGUAAUGAAUGGUGAUGUUUGUGCUGACUUUCCAUUGGACGAGAUACUCAAUAUGCACUUUAAUUAUAGUAAUAGAUCUUACCACCAACAAAACCAACCAGUUCUUGUCACUGUUAUGGCUACAGAAACUACCCGUGAACAAUCUGUACAUUACGGUACUUAAAUUUUUGAUAAAUUUGUUUAACAUAAAUAUCAAAUUUCUAUGUUUGUAAUAUUCUAUUUUCUGUAUAAUAAUAUGGUAAAUAUUGCAUGAUCUUCACAAAGGCUGCAUGGUAGUUGACAAAGAGACUAAUGUUAUACAACAUUAUGUUGAAAAACCAUCUACAUUUGUUUCAACAACUGUGAACUGUGGAGUUUAUUUAUGUUCUACACGUUUAUUUGAUACCAUGGCAGAUAUUCAUUUAGAAAUAUCUAAUAAUAAUGGCAGUUUUAAUCAACUGUGUACACCUAUCAGGUAUUCAUAAUACUACUCAAGUUUGAUUCAGACAAUGACAAAAAUCCUAUCCUAACCAUAAUCCUGUAAUUUUAUAAUUGUUUAUUUACUUAUUUAUUUAGUAUAGAUAUGUAAAUAUUGCCUAAUAAGUACUGAUUUAAAAUGACUGUAAAAUCAUAAUAUUAUUAAAAUAUACAAAUUAAUUUUAUGUUUAUAACAAUUAUAAUAGUAAUAAAAAUCAACAAAAGACCACUGAUCAAGUUGCUGUAGUUAUGUGGAUGGAGCAAGAUGUAUUACGUAAACUGGCUGGACAGUCUAGAUAUGGAUGCAGUAGUUCUUGUGAUGACAGAUUAUCGAAAAUAAAAACAAAAACUUCUAUGACCUGUGGAUUGGCAUUAGCAGCUACUACAAAUAAUUGGUGGUCUCAAUUAAAAACUGCUGGAGCUGCAAUAUAUGCAAAUCGCCAUUAUUUAGGAUUGCGUCAACAGAAUGAAAGAUUUCUACAUGUAAAAACAUUGUCUGAAUUUGCAUUACCUUCACCAAUUAAAUUAAUGACUAUAAAUCCUGAAAGUUGUUAUUCAAUAAUUGGACAUGUAUAUGUACAUCCGACUGCAUCUGUUCAUCCAACAGCAUUGGUUAGUUUGUUUCUACACUUGUUUUAUACAUUUUUAUAAUUAUUUAAUACUUUUUUUUAUCUUAUAGCUUGGUCCAAAUGUCAGUGUUGGAGCUGGUGCAUAUAUUGAUCAAGGUGUGCGCAUUAAAGAAUCAAUUAUUUUGCAGGAUGCAGUCAUUGGUCAACAUAGUCUGGUAACUAAAUAUUUCAUAGCAAGUUAAUAGUUACCAUUAGAAACCAGAAUUAUAUGAUUUGCUUGUAUAUCAGAGUGUAUGUAUGUUAGUAUCCAUAAGCAUGUGAAAUAUGUUCAAAUCAAACUAAUUUCUUCUACUAAAUUUAAGUUUGCAUAUUGGUGCAUAUGUUAUACAGUCUUAGUAAAUGAAUAAACUAUUUUCUAUUUUCAAAUCUAAACAAUAGUUUACUACAAUGCUAAAUAGAAUGAAACUGUUGGUCAGCAAUUAAUUUAAAUUUAGAAAGGAAAAAUUUAUAAUCUGAAAAUAAUAUUUCUUAAUUUAUGGAAAAUAAUUGUUUUUAUCUAACAUAGUUGUAUGUUAUCAAAGAAAGAAUUACAUAAUUGUUAAUUGUUUUCAGGAAAGAUCAUGUUUGUCUAAUUAGCUGUUAUAAAUAUAUAUUAAUUAGUCUAUCUAGUAGAAGUUUCAGACUUAAAGACCAGCCCUUCACACAAUUUUCCGUCAUCUCUCUUUAUCUUUUGUUAACUCUCUUCAUAGUCUGUUCAGUUCUACUGCUUUUAAUUCCUUUUUAAUUCUGUCUUUCCAUCCUAAGCGUUUGUUAUUAAGCAUUUUUAUUAUUUGUAUCUAUGAAUUCUUUUUCCUCUAAGCCUGUCCAGUACACAUUAGUUUUCUCAUUCUAUAGUCUAUUCAACUUAAGAGUAUACCGGUUUAUACAACAGCAUAUGCUAUGGAUAGAUGGGUGAGUGGAUGAAAUGGUACCAAGACAUUAAGUUAAAUUGAGUAUAGUUUCAUUUAUUAUAUUUAUAUGAUUGAAACAAGUCUAUUAGUCUCUCCAUUCCCCUUAUUGAUGUCAAUGCAAGAUUCAUAAAUUCUUUUAAAUAUUUUUUGUUCAAACACUGCAAGUCACUUAUCCUUAAGAUCCAUGGCUCAGAUUCAUUGGUGUAUAUAAUUGUACUUUAAGUCUUUUGGAUAAUACUUUAGAGCUAAACAUACUUCUUAGGCUAUAGUAACAUCUAUUUUCCAUUUUUAAUCUUUUAUUUACUUUUAUUUUUAAAUCAUUAUCUUGUGCUAUUAACAAUCCUAGAUACUUAAAGUAUAACACUCUUAAAAUUAUGGUCCUCUAUAGAUUCUUGUUGGUAUUCCCUAUUUUAGUCCUAUUGCUAUAAAUUCUGUUUUACUAUUAUUGAUUUUUAAACUAAUCUUAUUUGCCACAUUUAUUAAUUUAUUACAGUGUUGUAUUCAGUUAGUAAAUUAUUACCCAGUAGGGCUAUAUCAUCUGUGUAUGGAUUGUCAUAUUACCUAGUGUAGGUUCUUUUACCAUAUGUAUUUCUCUUAAUAUUUUCUCUAGUAUUAAAUUUAAAAUCACUGGGGAUUUGUUGAUUGAUAUCAGUUUUAUAUAUUUUUAAUUGUGUAAUUUGUUCUUGAUUUACUUUUAUUACCUACAUAGAUAAUUUAAUAAUACAACUUACUUAAAAAUAAACCAGUACUGUAUGUUACAUAUAUUUAAACAAAUAAUAUUUGUUCUGUUUUUUUUUAGCUGGUACAGAUUUUUCAAUCCAUAUAGCUGCAUAUUUGAAAGUUAUGCAUAUUCCAUCAUUUGAACUGUGCGUAUUUAGCACUUUUUUAUUGAAUAUAAUUCCGGUUUCUAGUUUUAUUUCUAGGUAUUUAGUCUAGGAAUUGGUUUUAUACAAUAACUAAUUCUUAGUUUUUUUUAAAUUUAAAGCAAAAUGAGGGGGUCUAUUGCUUUUACUAUGUGUGUUUUGUUUUUGUAUUUUGUAAUUUUUUUGUUUAAGAAACUUUCUAUUAAAAAUCUUCUACCAAAAAAAAAAAUUUUUUUUGUUGCAUUUGUUAUCUUAUUGGUAAAGAUUAGUUUUUUUUUUUUUUUAAUUUUCCAUGCAGUUUUUAUAAUAAUUUGGAAAACCAAAAGAAAAUAUAAAUGGACAAAUAUAUGAUAGUAGGAUUUUGUUAUUUUUAAUUUGUAUACACUAUGUUUUCUACCAAAAUCUUACUUAAAUAGAAAUACAACAAAAACUUUUUUUUGUUGCAUUUCUAUUUUGAUCUAGUGGAUGUUUAAGAAAGAUGUUUUUUGAUGUUUUGUGCAGUUUUCUUAAUUAUUGAGCAAAACCCAGAAAAACAUAGAAAGUUUACAGAAAUAAUGUUUUCAUUAUUUUCAAUUUGGAUUUUUUACUUUAGUUCAGUUACAAAUAUUGAUUGAGAUUUAAAAUCUUCACAGAAAACUUUCAUUUUCCUUUUCUAGACUUAAUCAAAUUUCCAAAACUUUAGAAAUUUUUAAACUUAUAGGCAUUUUAAAUUUGAGAGUUUUUGUACAUAGAUUUUAUUUGGCAGAAAUGUUUAAAAAUUUAACAGGUUGUUCAAAAAAGAUGUAAUUAGUGGUCAAAAAAAAAAAAGUAAAGUGUAAUGUAGUAAUAGUUUUUUUAAACUAUUUUAAGACCAAAAUUUAAUGAAAAUUUAAAUUAAAUUAUUUUAUAUAUUUUACUUUCCCUACUUCUCACUUACAACAGUGGCACACCCAUUAGCAAUAUCAGUUCUUUUUUUUAAAAUUAUUAAUUAGUAUUGUCUGCUGAUGAUUCUACUGAUUACAAUAUAUUCAAUUUAAAAUAUUUAUCUUAAAAAGACAUACUUCGCAUGAUGGGUGGGCUACUGUUGUAGGUGAGAAGUUGGGAAAAUAAGAUAUAGAAAGAAAUUGAAUGUUUAUCUGUUUGCAAUGUGAAAAAUGAUUCUGAUUGGAGUUUGAUUAUACAUAUAUAAAAAGAAAUUCUACAUUGUAUUUUAUUUUUUUAUUUUUUUACCACCAAGUAAUAUUUAUAAUGAGCCUCCUGUUAAUUUGUAAAGCAUUUUUAUUUGAUUUAACAAUUUUAUUCAUAGAGUAUCUACCAGAAUAAGAACUAUUUUAAGAUUUUCGGUAAAAAAGUUGUUUACAGAUUAAAAAAAAUAAAUAACUUCUAAUAGACUAUUUUCAUCAAUACAUACAUUUAUGAUAAUCAAAUAAUAUCUAUAAUAAUUAUAUAUUUAUUGAUGCAAGAAGUUUUUACAUAAAAUUUUAUCAGUAAAACAAUAAAAUUAUUUGUAGCAUUUGUAAAAAAAAAUUAAAAUAAGUAAAAUACAAUUUUAACAAUAAUAUUGUCUAUAAAAUUUGCAAAAAAAUAAAAGUUUUAUUUGUCCUUCACACUGUAUAUUUUUAAUUUCUGUAUGUGAUAUAAUAUGUAUUUAAAAUUUAAAAUUUGUGUCUUAAUUGUAUUUUUGUGUGAAAUAAUAUUACAUAAUAUCAAUCAAAUUAAUAUAAUCUUGUUUAAUAAACAGGUUAUGCAUAGCAUUAUUGGGAGAUGUGCCAAAAUUGGUGCUUGGUGCAGAGUUGAGGGUAGUACAACGUGUUCGGAUCCUAACCCUAAUGUGGCUUUUGCUAAAAUGACACCACAACUUCCACUAUUUAAUGCUUUGGAUGGAAGACUCAAUCCAUCCAUAACUAUAUUAGGUUUGUUUUAUUUAUUAAUAUUGUGUAAUAUUAAUCUGUGUAGUAAUUAAUCAUUAUUUUAAAACGUUUAUUAUAUAGGAUGCAGUGUUAAUGUAGAGUCUGAAAUAGUGUUAUUAAAUAGCAUUGUGUUACCAUACAAAACACUGACCAGAAGUUACAAAAAUGAAAUAAUCCUGUGA